AAAGUGUUAGUUUUAGUUAAUUUGGCUCUUAUGUUAAUCAAUAGUUGUAAGUAUUAUAAUAGUAUAAGUGUCACUGUCGAUGACGCUUAAUUGAGUGUGUGAGAGAGAGAAGGAUAUUGGAAGCAAGCAAGCUAGGACAUUGAUUUUAGUACAUAUAUGUUUGUGUUUCUAGACUUUUUUCUUUUGUAUUUUUUACCAUUAACAGAAGCUGCUUUUUGAUUGACUCAUGGUGAACAAUUGAAUAUAAUUUGUUAAUUUUUUUUUUUGUUGGAAUGAAAUGCCUGAAUUUACAACUAGAGAUGGUUGGCAUUUAGCUACUGUGAUGUGAAGUUGGAUUAUCUUCUUAGCCUCUCUAUGAUGUUAUGUUGAUAGUGUGUUUAAAGGCUGCAAAGUUUAUUGAAUGAACCCUUGUUGGAGCGUUAUUAAGUAUAUCAAUUGAGCGUUAUUAAGUAUAUCAGGGAAAAACAUGCUUAGUACUGAAGGUGAACUUAAAAUAAGUUUUGGCUAUCAAUGCAAUAGCCACAGAGGUAUCCCUUGCAAGGUUGCCAAUGGCCGCAAAUGGAGCCCUGAAAUCCGCAGAACAAGCAGUUUCUCUUGCUUAUCCGGUGCUGCCUUAAGUGCAAACGCUACACUUGCCAACACAAACAUCUGCAAUGGUGUGAUAGGAGAAGAAAUCCUUCCGAGUUUGGACUCUCCUAAUUCCUUCCGGCGGGUACCCUCUUCUCCAAGUCUUGCAAAGUUGGACAUGCUAUCGUCUUCUCUCCAUAGUACUUGGUCAAACCUAAGUUGCAGCCCAUCCAGUCCAAGUAAUAUGCUUGAAUAUGACUUUUGUUCAUUAAAAUCCAUGAGUGCUCCUUCUAGAGGUGAAUGUUUUCUUAAUGCUACGGAAGUGCAAGUAGCCGGAGGAGCUGCUGGUGAAGAUAGAGUUCAAGCAGUUUGUUCUGAAGAAAACGGGUGGCUUUUCUGCGGAAUUUAUGAUGGUUUUAAUGGGAGAGAUGCAGCGGACUUUCUGGCUUGUACUCUUUAUGACUCUAUUGUGUCUUAUUUAAACACAAUAGACUGGGAUUCGGAACCAAAUUCCACCAGUGCUUCUGACAAUGACGAUUUGGACGAUAGUCUAAUUCUUCACGAGCAUCAAUCUCCAAGAUUUAAGGGAAACAAUUAUCCCAGUAGUCCACCUGCCAAUUCAGAGGCAAUAAGUAAAUCAUUUUCCCACGUGGUACUUGAUAGCCUCAAACAUGUUCUUAAUCAGGUUGAAAAUGACUUCUUGUACAUGGUCGAGCAGGAAAUGGAGGAACGCCCCGAUUUAGUUUCUAUUGGAUCUUGUGUUUUACUUGUGCUUCUUCAUGGGAACGAUUUGUGUACGCUCAAUCUAGGCGACAGCAGAGCAGUGCUGGCAACGUGCAGUGCAGGUAACGGAAUGACUGGAAACGAGAGAUUGAAAUCUAUUCAGCUUACGGAUAGUCAUAAUGUUGAUAAUGAAGCUGAAAGAGCUCAACUUCUUGCCAAUCAUCCUGAUGAUCCUAAGACCAUCGUAGCAGGGAAAGUGAAAGGAAAACUGAAGGUUACACGUGCUUUCGGAGUUGGCUACUUGAAAAAGAAAAUUCUGAAUGAUGCAUUAAUGGGAAUCCUUCGAGUUAGCGAUCUUAAAAGCCCUCCAUAUGUUUCGACAGAUCCAUCACUGAAUGUGCAUAAAAUCUCUACUUCUGAUCAGUUUGUUAUAGUUGGGAGUGAUGGUUUAUUUGACUUCUUUAGCAAUGAUGAAGCAGUGAAUCUUGUUGAGUCUUACAUCCUGAGCAAUCCUUAUGGUGAUCCAGCCAAAUUUCUCAUUGAGAAACUAGUAGCAAGAGCAGCUGAUUCUGCAGGUUUCAGCACGGAGGAGUUAUUGAAUAUUCCGGCUGGGAGGAGGAGGAAGUAUCACGAUGAUGUAACCGUAAUUGUGAUAAUCCUUGGGAUGAAUAAACGGACUACAAAGGCAUCGACUUGCAUCUAAACAGUAGCCAAAGAAAAUUUGCAUGUGAAGCUUUUCAAUGGAACACCUUGGUCAUGUAGUGUUUUCUAGAAAUUUGUUGUGAUAUUAGAAGAUUGUACAUAUGACAAUUUUAAACUUAGAAUCAUUAAUUUCCUUAGGUAUUCAAAGAUUUUGCUCAGUAUCCCAAACAAAAAAGAUUUUGCUGUACAAAUUUAUGUUAAGUAAUAAAUAGGCUGCUUUACAGAUCA